AUGAAUGGAGAUGAGCAGUACUACGGGGCGCCCCCGCUGUACAAGGACCCGUGCUCGUUCCAGCGCGGCCCUGCGCCCGAGUUCCGCGCCAGCCCGCCCGCGUGUCUCUACAUGGGCCGCCAGCCGCCGCCGCCGCCGUUCGCGGGUGCCCUGGGCGCGCUGGAGCAGGGCAGCCCCCCCGACAUCUCCCCGUACGAGGUGCCCCCGCUCACCGACGCCUCGGCCACCGCGCUGCUGCACCACCACCUCCCCGCGCCGCUCGCACUCGCGCAGCCGCCCGCCGGGCCCUUCGCCGACAGCGCGGAACCGGGCGCCCUGGAGGAACCCGGGCGCGGCCAGCUGCCCUUCCCAUGGAUGAAGUCCACCAAGGCCCACGCGUGGAAAGGCCAGUGGGCAGGCGGCGCCUACACUGCGGAGCCGGAGGAGAACAAGCGGACACGCACGGCCUACACGCGCGCGCAGCUGCUGGAGCUGGAGAAGGAGUUUCUGUUCAACAAGUACAUCUCCCGGCCACGCCGGGUGGAGCUGGCGGUCAUGCUUAACUUGACCGAGAGGCACAUUAAGAUCUGGUUCCAAAACCGCCGCAUGAAGUGGAAGAAGGAGGAGGAUAAGAAACGUGGCGGCGGGCUGGCGGCGGGGGGCUCCGGGGGCGCGGAGCCCGAGCAGGACUGCGCGGUGACCUCGGGCGAGGAGCUGCUGGCGCUGCCACCUCCUGGGAGUGCUGUGCCACCCGCUGUUCCCGCCGCGGCCCGAGAAAGCCACAUUCAGCCCGGCCUCAGCGGGUCGCCACAGCCCCCCAGCAUCGUGCCCCGGCGGCCACAGGACCCCCGGUGA